AGCAAUGACGCUGCUUAUCCAGGAGCAAUGGUAUAAAUACAGCUCAACUGAAGUGCUUUGACCGCAAGGACCUUCAACGAUCCGUUCUCCUGAGUCUUACACCUCUUCAACAGAGGACCAACUCGCCAAGAUGGCCACUAACUUCUCUAGCAUCCCCAUCCUUGACUUCUCUCUGUCCUCCAACCCUGAGACCAAGCCAUUGUUCCUCGCGGAGCUGCGCAACGCCCUGACGAAUGUCGGUUUCUACUACCUCAAGAAUCACCCGAUUCCGCAGGCGGAAAUCGACGCGAUUAUCGCGUACGUCCCGCGUUUCUUCGACUUGCCCGACGCGGAGAAGGAGCGGCUCCGGAUGGUCCACUCGCCCCAUUUCUUUGGCUACAGUCGCUUCGGGGCCGAGCUGACCAAGGGCAAAGUCGACCAACGGGAGCAGUACGAUUUCGGGACUUCCCUGCAGUCCAAGUGGCAGCCCGGGGACCCGGAGUACCUCAAGCUCUGGGGCCCUUCCCAGUGGCCUGAGGAGCACCUCCUGCCGGGCUUCAGGGCCGCGUUUGCGAGCUACAUCGACGGGCUGCAGAAGCUGAGCUACCGGCUGCUCUCGCUCGUCGCCGAGGCGCUCGAGCUCCCGCCGGACGCGUUCGCGCAUUUCUUUGAGCAGGAUGGCAACGAGGACCGCGCGAAGAUCGUCAAGUACCCCGCGCCCGCGGACGACUCGUCCGACCAGGGCGUCGGCCCGCAUUUCGACGGGGGCUUCCUGACGCUGCUUCUGCAGGCGUCGCCGCACCGCGGCCUCCAGGUCCAGAACCGCUCGGGCCAGUGGAUCGAUGCCCCGCCUACGCCCGGCACCUUCGUCGUGAACAUCGGAAAGGCGCUCGAGACGGUCACGCAGGGCGUGGCCAUCGCGACAUCGCACCGGGUACUCUCGCCGGAGAAGGGCUCUACCCCGCGCUACUCUAUCCCGUUCUUCCAGAUGGUGUCUCAGGGCACCGUCAUCGGCCGCCAAGUCUUAGAUAUGCCGCCGGGGAUCUUGAAGAUUAAAGAAGCCCGUGGCCAGGUCAUCGCCGACUCUAUCAACUAUUCAGAAUAUAACGAGCUGCCUUCCGGGCUCGUAGCCCUGAUCGGCCGUGUAAAGAGCCACCCCGACGUUGCUGAGCGUCACUAUCCAGAGCUCUUCAACAAGUUCUUCCCAGAUGGCCUGCCUACGCAUGGCCUCGCUUAUUAGUUUAAUCAAGGUAUAAAGUGCUAGCAAGUAGUAGUCUCACCUUUGGUCUUGGAAGAUUUACUUCGUCUUUCAUUACGUGUACUAUAGAGUUGUAGUUCUAGUAGCUAUCAUUUGCAACGACUUUGAGCUGAUAUCCC